CAUCUUAAACUUUUGUAGCUUCAGUGAUAAACAAUCUCACUGAUCAACUUUCUUGACAAACUAAUAUUUAAACUUGUAUACAAAGUUAUAACGUUGUUUUAUUUUGCAUGUCAUAAUGGUGGCUUCAAAGGAUAUGAAUUACAAUCUGUUGGUCAAUCGUAAGGUCGCCAUUCUUGCCAGCUUUCUUGGCAUGCUGCAAUUUUUAGUAGCUACUUUUACAAUCAUAUGUGCUUUUAUUAUGCUGGGUGCAUUUUGUGAAAAUUUGACUUGUGAACAUACUUCAACAGGAUUGGGAUUUUGGGUCGGUUUUCCGUUGUUAAUCCCGGCAAUACUUGGGUUGGUUGUCUUGGGAACGAGACAUAAAGUAGCCGUGUUUGCAUUUCUUGUUGCCAACCUCGUGUUACUUGGUCUAUCAAUUGCACACAUUUUCAUAACGCUAAAAGAUUAUGAUGAUACUUGGGAAGAUCAGAUGAAAAUGUACGACAACAAAAGUUGCUCUAUGCAAGGUCCCAAAAGAUGCUUGUGUAACACCACUCUUUAUGGCUAUCCGUGCGAUCUGAUCGAGUUUGGGCGUGAUUUGAACUGGGUACUAUUUGGAGCAUCUAUUGCUUCAGCAGUGUUUUCUUUGUUUGGUUUGUUCAUUGGCUUAGCUGGCGCUUUAAUGCGUUCCAAGGCGCGAGAGUAAGGGUGAAGUGAAUGGAUCAAAGCACGCACACAAGAAUCACACCCAGUAUUUCAACAUUUUCAAUGUUUUUGUAACUUACGAGAUUGUUACGACUCAGUUUUGUUGAAUUUCUUUUCACUUAUUUAACGUGAUAUAUGUUCUGACUAGCUGUUUAUAUCGGAUUUUAUUUUUGUUAAGUACAUGCUCUCAUCCAUGAAUGUAGCUUUUUUAAGCCAUCUAUAAUUUACGCUAGGGUGACAAAAAUGUAAAAUUUAAUGGUUUUUCUUUGUCGUUGAAAUUUUCGCUCUAGGAAAUAAUAACCAAAAGUGAAA